ACCGCAGACCUUCUUUGGCAAACGGCCGCCCUCGGCCGCCGGUGCCCAUGGUGGCGUACUUGGGACGUGCCCCCGCGGCGCUCGGGGAACGCUGCGUGGGCGGCAAGCAGGUGCGAAGGACGCAGUGGAAAGGCAGCAGCGGUGGCCCCAUCGAUUUGGAUGUGGAGGGCAUCCUUGAGCGGGUGGAGAUCCAUCCUCUCAAGGGCCCUAAGCUCCUCCAGGCCGACGGGAGCGAUGGCUACUUCCCCGAAAUCCGACAAAGACCUUGGGACCAGAUGCCCACCGCGGACCAGCGCAUCAUGGCCUAUCGAGCGGCCAAGCAAAACCGAUCGACCAAGGCCCUCUUGGCAGACCAGCAGGCUCAGGCGGAGUGGAGCAGCAUGCCACCCGCCGAGCGCCUCGCGCGGCGGUGCGCCACGGAGAUCGCCAGGAAACCGAAGAGUUGGAAGCCCAUCAGCCAUGAGACGGUUCGGGACAAGCACACCCAGAAGUGCAAGGGCAUUUUCUACAACAUGGAGUUUCCGUGGUCGGAGAACACCCUCAAGGAGAUGGGCCCCCAAUGGCUCACCAAGGCUUUCCACGCCGCGGGCACCUUGGACGAACGCAACGCGGUGACCGAGUUGAUUCUCGAGAAGCGCAAGGUGACUGCUGGGAACAACUCGGGCAAGUUCUUGUUCGAAGUGAGGUACAAGUGGCAAACUCCUGAUUUGCAUCGUCAGCUCUUCGCGAAGAUCCCCUUCCCCUGCGAGGGACCCACGCGGAACGAUCGCAUGAGCAGCUCCGUGAACAAGCAGCCCAUGGACUUCUACGAAGUGAACUGCUACCGCAUUUUGGAGUCCACGAUGCCGGUGAAGUUGCCGAAGUUCUACUUUGGCGACAUCAGCAACGAGUCCUCCAAUUUCAUCCUCAUCACUGAGCGCGUGCAGUUCGCUGGCAUGCCACCCUUGCCACCGAUGAUGAUUGAAGGUCCCUACGAGAAAUGCAAAGACUUUGACAUGGGGGGGCAGUGACAAAGAGCACUAUGCCUUGCUGUUCAAAGUCCAUGCGACGUGGGUCGCAGUGGAGCGGGAAAGUCUGAGCGGCGGUGAAGUCUUGACCCGACCCCGACCCUUGCUGGCCCCGAAGUGGACGAUCCCCUUGCAUCCCAAAGAGGAUGUCAUUCUUUGUUCCAGGGGCCAUGCAGUGAACUUCCAUGAGGGUUGUUGGGAGGGUAGAGGAGCCUCUAUCCAAUCAUGCAAGUGGAAGGCAUGCCUUUUCAAGGCACGCUCCUUUACAAACAGGUUUUGUUUCAUGUCCCUCUUUCAUGAGCCUUGGAUGGAGGCCUGCUAGAGUCUAGAGAAAUGGUGCCUGAACCAAGCAGUUUGCAGGUUUUUCCACUGGG